AUUAAUCCCUCCCCCUUCCCCCCGCGGCCUACGGACCGCAAUAAGGAGGGCACGAGGACGCGGCGGAAGACCUCGUCGGGAAUACGGUCCUCGUCUUCUUCUUCUUCGGCCGGUACCGAGUUCUACUCCACGAGCAGAGCGAGGAGGUGUUCAUCGGCCAACCGGCGAUUCCUGGAUUGAAUCCGUCGGGGAAGGAGAGCAGUGUCGGUGCGGUUGAGGCAGUGGUUGAGUUGGAUUCCGUGACCCAGAUCUAAGCGAUGGAUGUAUCGUUUCAAGAAGCUAAAAGGUUAUGGUCGCUCCUCUGGCAUAAGGAUGAUCUGCUAGAUAAGAAAAGGAGGUGGUUGUUGGGACCUGUAAUCAUGUCUACAUCCGAGAGCAGUCAAAAGAAGUCCAAAAGACCAAAGCAUUUGACAGAUGUGUACUUGCUGGAAUCAGACAUUAGGAGUGAUGAGGUUUCCUCGGAGAUUGUAAGAGCUAAUGUGGAGAGGUGCUUUGGAUCAUAUCAUAAUGGUCAAGGGACACACCAUGUGGUUCAGGAUUACCUGCAACACUUUGGCAUGCAUAACAUGGAGAGUAACUCUGUAAACCCACCCAGCUUAAAGACAUUUUCAGUAAUGAUUGACAACUUGAACAACGAUGCACUAUGUGCUGUGGCUAACAUAGUCAGCAACAACAAUGUUAGCUUCAAGAAAACCCAUCCGAGGAUGAGAAAGGUCAUAAAGAAUUAUCUUCGAAGAUAUUUUACGGAAUCAAAUUUUAAACACAAUCCGACUGUGCUGAAAAAGUUAUCAGAUAUUUUCAGAAACCCAUGCAAUUUUCAGGAGAAACAUUUGACGCUCACCACUCCAAUCUCUCCACCUCUUCUUUCGGCUAUUUACAAGGUCUUGGAAAGACUUGGUGAAAUGCCUAUUCAGGACCUUAUUGCAAUGAAUAGAAGGCUCAAAGGUCUAGCAAUUGUCCCUCAAUUUCCACCUGUCCUUUAUGGCUCUAAAAAGGAUAUGCUUUUAAAACGAGUGAGGAAAAGAUGUGAAGAUUCUCUUUCAAAAGUUAAGGAAGGGGACGACCUGCCGGAACGAUUAGCUAAGGCACUGUCAGUCAUGCUUUUGUCUCUCAAGCUAAAAUCAGGAAGUAUCGAAAUGCUAACAUCAACAUUUUACCCCUUUCCACCAGAUAUAGUAGGCUUGCAGCAUGGGUUUUUAAAUGCUAUAUGGUCAUUCCCGAAAUUCAGAUAUGCUGAUCUGAAAGCCUUGAAACCUUUAGUGGAUCCAGAAGCUAGAGUUCCCACAAGGAGAUUCAGGAUAUCUCUUAAAAAUUAUUUGAAGGAGUAUUUGUUUGCAUGUGAUGAAAUAAAUAUUCCAAAGGAAGUACAGAGUGCUCUUUCUUUUAUCAAUGGGACGUCGAAGCGUCGACCCUGCAUGUUUUCCAAAGAGACAAGAGAAGAGGAGGUAGAGGCUGUGUUGUCUGUGAGCAGUCAAUUUAAGCAAAUUAUAUUGGACCUGAUUCCGGACCAUAGUAUUGAUGAUGAAUGUGGAGUUGCAUGUGCAGGGGGGCUUGGAACUGAUGAGAGCAGUGAGAGUGAUGAUUUUGAAUUGUCAGCAAGUGACUAUUUCUCUGGUUCUGAUGACUGUGAACACAAGCAAACAUAUGAUUCUUGUUCAAGUGAUGAAGCGGAGACUUUUGGGGAUUCAAGACCUAAUUCCACUCCCAUCACCGCUAGCGGCACAGACUCUUCUCAGCUUGCUGCAGCUGCAAGAAAUACCACCUGCAGUAUCCUUAAAGACCCUAAAUUGGAGCAUAACAAAAUGGCUGCCCUCUAUCCCGAUCCCGAAAAGUUUCUAAGGCCUAAUAUUAAAAAUUGUUUUCACAGGACAGCAAGCACGGGUGACAUAGCAGUCCAGGAUAUCUGUGACAGGACAGCUGUGUUUGCGCAUGGGCUAAUUGGCUGUAUGCUGGACAAGUUUCUGCAAUUUGAAGGCAGAGAUGUAGAUGUGAUGACAAGAUCUUAUCUUAGAGGUGGAUUAUCUCCCAUAGAUUCACAAGGUGCGGAAGUUCUGUUGAAUACUCCGAAAGUGGAUUUGAAGGCUCAGGUUCUUAUUCAAGCUGUAGAGGAGCUGCUGCCUUCUUUUCCAAAGAGUUGUAUAGAAAGAGUAAAGAAGUUGAUGGAGCAGCAUUAACUUGCAGGACUCAUAAACUUCAGUUCUUAGGCAUGCUUGGGAGGUAGUAUCAAUCAGGGAGCGCAAAAUCUGAAAGUUGCAUCCCUCAAAUGUGAGAACUACAUUUGCUGCUCUGGAUUGUGGAUCUAAGACAAGUUUUGGCUGGUACCAACACACAUCGGAUGACAGACACAGCAGUAAUUUCAGCAGAGUAACAGGGCCUGGUAGCAUCAGUAAUGUUGUAUGAGGAUUACUUGGUGAUUGAUUCAUCUUCCUUCAGGAAUCUAAUUCUUGAAAGCAGCAUAAGGGUACCAUGGAUGUUGUCAUGCAAAAUGAGGCAUGAAUAGCAUAAUUACCAUUUUUCAGACACAGGUCCACAUUGGAAAAUAGGUGCAAGAAAUAACACAUGGUUUUGAAGUGAAGAAAAGGGGAAGCAUCAGGAAUGCUGACUGACGACUCUAUAUUUUUCAGAUGUAUCUCACAUGUACUCUUCUUGCUGGCAUUGGUUGGUUGUUCUAACUAUUAUAUCCUACAUUUUUUGGGGGUAAAAUGCAUUGCAAGUUAUGAGAACACUUUUGUAACAAGAGAGCAUGUUCUGAACAUCAACUAGCAUAAUAUUAUAAGAUAAUGCUAAUUACUCUGCAGAAAAAGGUAGCGGUUGCAAGGUGUUGGGGUGUAUUGAUUCUCUUCUUGCUUAUGUGACCAUCGAAGCACGUGAUGCCUUUAAGAUAGGAUUCUUGCAAUAACAAUUCAUGUUAUAUUCCACCAUGGUCUCAAAUUUUCCUUGGAACAGAGGAGGGAUAUCUUUCAAGAGGUGAAAUAGCGCUGCAAUUUUUGACUGGAAAAAUGGGCCAGGUUGUAUUCUCUAGGGAUACAAUAGUGGAAAAGAGAUGCGUUCCAAAUAACUCCACUCUUUUUUGACUUGCUGAGAAAUGGCUUCUCUAACUUUCUGCACAAAUGGUCCAUGUUCUUGUCCUUUCCUGUGCAUCCCAGAAAGAGUUUGCUCUUCUUUUCUCUUCCUCUCUCUACUUUCCCUUUACUUUUUAUUUCUUCUUGUCUGUGUCAUGGGUUAAAAUUGGAUCAGAUACUGAUGGAAUAUCAGUAUAUCUAUAUAUAUAUUUAUUUUGUUUAA